AUGUCAAAAGUAAUCUUCACACCAUGGAAAGAACAGUCGGAAUUACAAACAGUGCGGAGUCAAUUUUAUCCUCCGCCAACAUACAAUGGACCGGACAUGCGGUCUAGAGCCUGCGCUACGGUUGCGGCUUGGAAGUUGAGGGGCAAUCUGCCCCAUCCCGUGGAGGCUACGGCUUUGCUGACGGAUGCUAUUCUGCAUGAUGAUGCGAGGAAAAACUCGAUCUUUUCGAUACGGGCGACGUACUCGGCAGCUUUUUGUCGGUUUGUAACGGGUCUUGUAGACUCCAAACUUCAUGGCCAACGCAAGACUAUGUUCCAGCGUGCCAUUGAUUUAGGCUUACCUGCCUCAUUCGUCGAAUUGCGACAUGAAGCAACCCAUCGUGAACUGCCGUCGUUGACGGUGCUGCGGAAUGCCGCGCAACGGUCUCUCGAAUGGCUCUGGGAUUACUACUGGGCCAAGAUUGAUCUGAACGCCGGUUUUGCACCGGACGGUGUCGACGAUGACAUCGAGCCUGUUAAGGCUGCUACCAGAGCUUGUCUGGCACAAGUGACGGAUGCGUCGGAACCGCUGCGGAAGAAGAGGAAGGUCCAGGUUUUGGCUGGUGUUGCGACGCAGUUGGUUUCGGUGUGUAAAAGCUCUGGGAAGGGGGCUGCUGCUGUUUCAGGGGUUUUGGUGGAGGAUGAGGUUUUGGUUGCUGGAGGGAGGAAGCUUGGAACAUCUAUGGAUGAUGAGCUUUCCAGGUGGGAUUAUUUCUUGCAGGUCAUCGUUGAGGGAUGUCCUACUUUCCUGGCGGCGCUUGUGGAGGCUAUGGUCGAUGUGCUGGCGUUUGCUGGAUCGGCUGCGAAGGAGGAUGCCCAUUGUGAAGGAGUUUAUAUGUGGCUGGACCAUAUUCUAUGCUCAUCACAAUGGGAGUCUAAGAGGCGGUUGCUCUCGUUUGCCUAUGCUCUCUCUGCCUGUGAGCAAAACUCAAAUCACUGGACGAAUAUGCUCAAGGAGAGGAUACAGCAAGUGGACAACCGCUUGUCUGGUAGCCAUGGGGAUCCAGAGCGAUUUGGCAAGGAUAGGAAUGCACUCCAGAGCCUACACACAAGGACAAGUCAUGAUUUAGAUAGCCUGAAGAACAUGGGAUGGGAGGUCGGCCAUGGAGGGGCAGGUGGAGAUACGGACUCCCACAAAUUAGAGGUUGUGCUUACCCCGGAUUGCAGUCACCGCCGUAAGUCGUCCUUGGUCAUGGCGAAUGAACCAGGCAAGCCUCGCCUUGACCGCGCAGACGAUAAGACCGCCUGCUUCGUACAUUCCCUGAUCGCAGGUGAAUGGAUUUGCCCCCCGGGUCAAGCGAAGAAUGCACCAAUUGGGCGUGAUGCGCUGGACGACGCAAUUGGCUUCGACGAUACCGUCGUAGAUGACGAUGGCGUCACCGUCACCGAUAUGGACGACUGGACGCCAAAGCAAUCCGAGACCAUCGUGGAGUCACGGCAGCUGACGAAAAAGCAGUUGUCUGAUAUGGCAUGGAAUGUACGAAAGUUGUCUAAAAAGCUGGAUAGCAUCAAACUCAAGCUGUCUGUCAAGAAUGUCUUUGUGGUGACUAAAGCGGGCGAUGAUAGCGUGAUUGCGUUUACGAGGAAGGUCACGGAAUGGUUAUUGUCUAAAGACCGUGAUACGCAGUAUAACGUCUACGUGGAGAGACGACUGGAGGCGGUUGCGGAUUUCGGUGCUUCUCAAUUGCUGAGGGAUGAACCUUCCGCAGCAGGGCGGCUCAAGUUCUGGGAUAAUAAGUUUGUGUACGAGAAUGCCUAUCUCUUUGACUUCGUCAUUACACUGGGUGGUGACGGGACGGUUCUUUAUACGAGCUGGCUCUUCCAGCAAGUAGUACCGCCGGUUCUCUCUUUCUCAUUGGGAUCAUUGGGAUUCCUAACCAAGUUCGAUUUUAAUGACUACCAGAAGACGCUUGGGUCCGCUUUCAAAGACGGUGUUGCCGUUAGCUUGAGGUUACGAUUCGAAUGCACAAUUAUGAGGAGUAAUGGGCGAGGAGAUGAAUCAUUAACGCACUCGAAGAAACGAGAUUUGGUAGAAGAGCUGAUCGGCGAAGAAGUUGAAGGCACGUUAACACACAAGCCGGAAAAAGUUGUUCAAAUUUUAAACGAUGUUGUCCUCGACCGGGGGCCAAAUCCCACAAUGUCCUCCAUUGAGCUGUUCGGCGACGAUGAGCAUUUCACCACGCUGCUUGCAGACGGUGUCUGUAUCGCUACACCUACGGGCUCGACCGCGUACAACUUAGCCGCUGGAGGAUCUCUGUGCCACCCUGACAACCCCGUUAUUCUGGUCACAGCGAUCUGCGCACAUACACUGUCUUUCCGACCGAUAAUACUGCCCGACACCAUCGUUCUAAGAAUGGGCGUGCCGUACGAUGCACGCACCAGCUCGUGGGCAAGCUUCGAUGGCCGAGAAAGAGUUGAAUUGCACCCGGGUGACUACGUGACUGUUUCCGCCUCACGGUACCCAUUCGCAAAUGUGUUACCGCAAGAUCGGCGCAAUAAUGAUUGGGUGCACAGUAUUUCAAAGACAUUAAAUUGGAAUUCAAGGCAAAAGCAAAAGGCUCUCAAGGAAUGA